AUGACGACCGCCCACAGACCGACCUUUGACCCGGCCCAAGGCAAAGAAGCCCUCCGUGGCCCAGCAUACCAUCAGAGACUCCUCCCAGCGCACAAACACUUAAAGCUUCGACAGCCAGGACAGGGUGGUGCAGCUGACAAGGGAGGUCGCGACCUGCGCGCAGAACUGCUCAAAGCCGAGGCUGCCCACUUCGCGAAGAAGAACGGGGAGCCUAUUGAUGAAGUUACUACUGAGUCAUCUACGCCCAAGCGACAACUCGAAAAUGCGCCUGACGCCGACGGCGACGCGACCGAAGAAGAUCCGGACGCAAAAAGGAGGCGAAUUCUAGAAGAGUCACGCGAUAUUGAUGCCGAUUCAGACGGCUCAGAAGAAGAUAGCAGCGACGAGGAAAGCGAUGACGAGGAUGAAGCGGCUGAGUUGAUGCGGGAGUUGGAGAAGAUCAAGAAAGAACGACAGGCGCAGAAGGACCAAGAGGAAGCAGCGCGCGCCGCCGAAGAGCAAGAGAAACGCGAGGUGGAUAUUGCUCGAGGAAAUCCGCUCCUCAACCCGCAGGAUUUCAACAUCAAGCGACGCUGGGAUGACGAUGUGAUCUUCAAGAACCAGGCUCGGGGCACUGAAAAGCAGGAUGGCAAGGAAUUUGUUAACGACCUUCUGCGCUCCGACUUCCACAAGCGUUUCAUGUCGAAAUACGUCCGGUAG